AUGAUAAAUGACUCGUCACGUACAAAACACGAGUUAUAUAAGAUUGCUGGAUUCCCCAAUGUCGUUGGUGCCGUUGGUGGAACUUUAGUUCCAAUUACUGCACCCAAAGACAAUGAAUCAGUGUACGUUUGUCGGAAGGGCUAUCACGCUAUAAACGUACAAGUGGUUGCUGAUGCCUCCUUAAGGUUUACAAACAUAGUUUGCAAGUGGCCUGGGUCUACACACGAUGCGUUCAUCUUUUCUAACUCUGCCUUGAAGACCCACAUGGAAGCAAGGAAUGACGGCUGGCUUCUUGGGGACUCGGCAUAUGCUUUAAAGCGGUACAUGAUGACGGCCAAGUCCAACCCAAGCAAUGAAGCAGAGGAAAAUUACAAUUUAGCCCACAGCAAGACAAGGGUUGUAGUUGAAAGAGCACUCGGUGUAUGCAAAUCCCGAUUCAGGUGCAUACAUAAAUCUGGUGGGAUGCUUUUAUUCACUCCUGCAAAAAGUGUGCAGAUCAUCACAGCUGUGUUUAAGCUGCACAACAUGUGUAUGGACAUUAAGCUGCCCAUUGAUGGAGAGAUGUGCGAUAACGACCCAGACCAGGAAUUUUCUGGGCCACAAGGUGUUAUUGCAGAUGGUGCUGGACAAACAGUCAGACAGAGACUAAUACAGAGAUUUGCCAAUUGAAACUAUCAGUCUGUCAAACAAUUGAAAAAACUCCUGCUAGUGCAAUUUUGGCUUUUUGCAGACUCCCUAAGCAGUUAGUUUCAAGAUGGAAGAAAAUAUUCUUAAUGAAGCUUUAAACACCAAUGAUUUUUUUUAAUUCAGAAAAAUUACCAGUAUAUCAUAUAAAGAUGUACACAAGUUUAUUCAGUUAUAAUUUUUAACUUAAGGUACCUGCCAUAUUUCCUGAGGAAAAAUGUUCAAAGUCAAUCAUGAUUUAUCAGUGAACAGGAGUCAAUCUUUCUAGCUUAUAUAAUAUUGGUAAAAUACAGAACACAUGUAAAAUUAUGUAUUCGGUUACUUUAUCUUGGUCUGAUAUUAAGUUAUUUUAUUUUUCAUACAGGAGCAGGUCACUUUAACUGCAUAAAAGUCUAUUUUUGCAUUGUACAAUUAGAACUCUUUAGUGUACAGUGUUUUCAGCUUCCGUAAUAAGUGGAAUGAUUUCUUCUCCAAAAAGACAAUUGAAACUGCUUUAAAUUGUUACUAUUAUAAUCAUUUAAUAAUUCAUCUCACUAUAAAUGUAAAUACAUGUGUAACAGAAUUCUAUAUAAUGGUAAUUUUAAUUAUUCAGCUUUUACCAAGAAACAAAGGUUUUUUUCUUAUAAAUUCAUAUCACAGCUUAAGUAGAUGACAAACUUUACAACAAUAGUAUGAUGAGAGGCACAAAACCUUAAAACAUGAACAAAAACUUUCAAUGUUUCAUAAAUACCGAUUAUACACUCGGGAACGAAUUGAAAAAUUUCUAAAUUGUACUGAAAAUGACAAGAUGCCACUACAAAGUACUAUUUUUUUUUAAGUAAAGAAAUUUAAUAUGUUACCAUCUUAUAAUGUAGAUAUAGCAAAAUUUCCAAGCAAUGAAGCAAUAUGCUCUAUAUCAGAAAAAAAGAGAAUAUAAUAAAUCACUAGUAACAAAGUUUUUUUCACAUGUAAACUCCUAAAAUUGUUACCAGUUAACUUAUAGCUUAUUCAUUCCAUGUGGAUAAACUCUCUUUAUUUAUGCUCGAAGUAAUUUAUUGAAUGACAAUUUGUGAAUAAUAUUAAAUACAAACUUAAUGUCUUAUUCAUAUUGAAAAUAAUUCUUUUUUUUUUAGUAGAUCAUUCUAAAAAAUAAUUAUAAUAUAGUCAUAGUAGUCAUACCAGAACCAGUAUUGCUUACAUCACAGUGCAUGUAUAUGUUUUGCAUCAUCAGCAGGUCAAUCUGCUUUACAUUAAGUCAUUAUGUUUAAUCUGCUAAAAAUAUAUUGCUUGUCUACUUAUCAUUAUAUGUAUUAUUACCAUAAUCAGAAUUUUAAAGACAUUACAAUAAGUAAAACU